AUGCACCAAAUUUCGCUCCAAAAAUUAUGCCACGUGGCAAAAACCGUAAUUUUUGACCCCAAAAUUGACCCCAAGCAUAUUUGGUAUCAAAAUUACCCAAAUUUUCAGGGAAUCCUCGUGGAUGAAGCUGAAAAAAAAUCGAUAAUCGCUGAUCUCGCUGAAAAACAUGUGAUGAUUUUGAGAAAUCAUGGAUUCGUGAUUUGCGGCGUCACAAUUGAACACGCUUUUCUCCUGGCUUAUCAUUUGAUUUUGGCGUGCGAAACACAGAUUCGAUGUUGUCCGAAUGGAGAAAAUCAGCAAGUUAUUCGAACUUCAAAAGAGGCACAAGAACAAGUUGAACAAGUGGUGAAAAUUGGAGGUUUGUGGGGGUGUUUUGGAGCAUUUUGAGCUUAUUUUCUUGAUUUUUGGAGCAUUUUGAGUCCAAACAUGGUUUAUUUUUAAAUUUUGAGCUCAAAUGUGAAUUUUGGAUGAUUAUUGGAGCAUUUUGAGCCCAAACCCCCUAAAUUUGGAGCAUGUUGAGCUCAAUUUGACAAAAAUCCCAAAAUUAGCCUUAUCUGGGCUCAAAAUGCUCCAAAUUCCAUCAAAAAUUCAAAAAUUAGGCUCAAAAAAAUAAUCCUAGAGUAAAAAUUCUGGUUUUUGGCUCUGAAAAACUCCCCAAACGCGAGUUUGGGCUCAAAAUGCUGCAAAUUUAAUUCCCUAGUCAAAUUUGUGCUCAAAAUUCGAAAAUUGGUCAUGUUUGGGCUCAAAAUGCUCCAAAUUCCAUCAAAAAUUCAAAAUUUCAAUUUUUCCAGGAGGCGGUGUAAAUCGAAUCGACGGAAAAGUCGAUCCGAAAAAAUGGCAAAUCGGAGAAUUGGAAUGGGAAGCUUAUAUGAGAAAUAUGGAUCGAAAUGGAUACAAAACUGGACAUCAAUACAAAAAUUGGUGA